UCUGAGCUCUGGUAGGUCCACAAUGGUACAGCCAGCAUCUUGCAGCACAAUGGUUGCAAGGUGGUGAGCUGGGGGAGAGAGUGAUUCAGCAUCAGCAGACCUCGGUUCCGUCCACCUUUGCUUCUUUACUUUCCCCAUCGCCUAUUUCUUACUUUCGUUCUCCUUUUUGUUUGUUAUUGUUAUUAUUAUUAUUCCAUAAUUGAAAGCCGCGUCAUCUGCACGAGCGUCUCCCACUGCGCCUUCUUCAGCACAGCAGCGAUGGUCUUCGCAGCGUUUGUCGUCGGGAUGUUUUGAAAAGGACUGACACCGGACUGGGAUCGUCAUCAGCUGGCACGGAAUGGUAUUUAUGAGCAGACAUUUCUUAUAUAACUGCAGCCAACCAGUCCUGGAUGUAAAGAUAGCCUUUUGUCAGGGUUUUGGAAAACAAGUGGAUGUGUCAUAUAUUGCCAAACAUUACAACAUGAGCAAAAGCAAAGUGGACAACCAGUUCUACAGCGUGGAAGUGGGAGACUCCACCUUCACCGUUUUAAAACGCUACCAGAAUUUAAAACCCAUUGGCUCUGGAGCUCAGGGAAUUGUCUGCGCGGGCUAUGAUGCUGUCCUGGACAGAAACGUGGCCAUUAAGAAGCUGAGCAGACCCUUCCAGAACCAGACCCAUGCCAAGAGGGCAUAUCGGGAAUUGGUGCUCAUGAAAUGUGUCAAUCACAAAAAUAUUAUCAGUUUAUUAAAUGUCUUCACACCACAGAAAUCAUUAGAAGAGUUUCAAGAUGUGUACUUAGUGAUGGAGCUUAUGGAUGCCAAUUUAUGCCAGGUGAUUCAGAUGGAGCUCGACCAUGAGAGAAUGUCCUACCUGCUCUACCAGAUGCUAUGUGGAAUCAAGCAUCUGCACUCAGCGGGCAUCAUUCACAGGGAUCUCAAACCAAGCAAUAUAGUGGUAAAAUCCGACUGCACACUGAAGAUCUUGGACUUUGGUCUGGCCAGAACGGCAGGCACCAGUUUCAUGAUGACCCCGUAUGUUGUUACGCGGUACUACAGAGCCCCAGAAGUCAUCCUGGGAAUGGGAUACAAAGAGAAUGUGGAUAUUUGGUCGGUGGGCUGCAUUAUGGGAGAAAUGGUACGCCACAAAAUCCUUUUUCCUGGCCGGGACUACAUCGACCAGUGGAACAAGGUGAUUGAGCAGCUGGGCACCCCUUCUCCAGAGUUCAUGAAGAAGCUGCAGCCCACAGUGAGGAACUACGUUGAAAACCGGCCAAAGUAUGCAGGCCUCACCUUUCCCAAGCUAUUCCCUGACUGCCUUUUCCCUGCUGACUCGGAGCACAACAAACUCAAAGCCAGCCAGGCCAGAGACCUGCUGUCUAAGAUGCUGAUCAUUGACCCUGCUAAACGAAUAUCAGUGGACGAGGCCUUACAGCACCCCUACAUCAACGUGUGGUACGAUCCGGCUGAAGUGGAGGCGCCUCCUCCUCAGAUCUACGACAAACAGCUGGAUGAGCGAGAACACUCCAUUGAAGAAUGGAAAGAACUAAUCUACAAAGAGGUCAUGAACUUUGAGGAGAGAACGAAGAAUGGCGUUGUGAAGGGACAGCCUUCACCUUCAGGUACUCUCAGUGCAUAAGCCUAAUCGCUCUCACAGGUGCAGCAGUGAAUAGCAGCGAGAGCCUCCCUCCGUCCUCCUCCAUCAACGACAUCUCCUCCAUGUCCACCGACCAGACCCUGGCCUCCGACACUGACAGCAGCCUGGAGACCUCUGCGGGACCCCUGGGGUGUUGCAGGUGACUAGCCGCCUGCCUGCGCAACCCUGCGUUCUUCCGUCGGUGAAGAACUAUCUACGACAGAGGAAAAAGAAGAAAAAAAAUGCAAAAAAAGGGAAAAAUGAUUAUAUUGAGAACAAAAACAUGAGCUAUGGAAACACAGAACAUGAAAUGCUAAAACCCAACAGCCUGUGCAUUGUCAUUGAAAACCAACAGUGGUAUUUAAGCUGAAGUAAAUGAGAUAUAUGGUUAUGAUCCUCUAGUUGCUUUGCUUAUAUUACCCCACAUGUCUUGUAUAUGGCAUUCAAACAAAAGCAAAGGAACUCUUCAUAUAUAGCACAGUGCUGACAGACUGAUAUUCCUUCCAUUUUUGUUUAAUGUGGCAAGGUGGGCUGCUGUUCUUCUUAUCACCACGUUUCAUUCUAAUUUCACGUAAUCACUGUUCCUCAUCAUCUCCAUCCAAAUUAAGGGAAGGUUGUCGGAUUUGUGUGUUUUUACGCAGCGAGUCUUCAGGAGGCUCCCUAAAAUACCUGUAAAUAAUGUAAUUCUGUACAGCUCAAAGGAAGACGGUGUGGGACUGACGGCCAGUACUCUGGGAGUUUUCUUAUUUUUCCUCCUACAAUCACACACCUUGCCACAUUACAUCUCGCCCCCUCAGUUGUCCACGCCUAUCGCUGUAGUCCUGCAUGACUAGAUUUAAACAAUCUCACUGUAUGCGUAAAAAAAUACAGGCUUCUGUGGAUGUACAAUGUAAACUAACUCGACUCCAGACGUUUUUGGGGGGUCUUUUCUCAGUGAAAUGUGGGAGUGUGUGUGUUUCUAGCCCAAACAGAUCAAUAGGGGUCAGAAAUGAAUGUGUUUCCUGGGAAGAGGUUAAUCCUUUCUCUCUUUUUUUUAACCCCCUCCUGGCAGAAUGUGAGCGCUGCCUCUAUCUCUCCAAAUGCUGGCACACAGUCCUGCAUGUCAUUGUGCUCCAUUGUGAUGGAGAAGGAUGCAUUUACCUGUGGUGUCAUGGUAACAAGGUGACUUUAAGUCCCUUUUAAAACAUGUGGAGAGGAAUCAAAGACAGGUGAAGGGUGCCAACUCUGUAGUUUGGAGGUAAACACCCUGCACGUACAAUCACACUUCAUAAAAAUUCAAACCUGGAUAGAAAAGAUCUCAAUUUCUCUGCUGAAUAAUUCCUCUAUAAUUUUAAAUUGGUAGAUGAAAUUUAAAUACAAUAUGAUAUUUGUCCUUUUUUAUAUAUUACAAAUACAUUCAGUAACAAGCUCUGUAAACUGGUUUUAUCCUUCUUUCCUUAACACUACUUUUUAACCUAACUUUGGCCUCUCACUGUGUCUGGAAAUGUAACUGCUGUGAAAUUAGCUGAUAAUUAUUUCAGUCAUUAGAGUUUAACUUUUGGAGUUUUUCAAAUCAAAACUUGCAAGCCUUCCCGCAGUUAAAUGUCUACGUUACUUGUUUUCAGCAGAUCUGGCAACAACAUAAACCAAGUACUGUAAUUAAGAUGUUACCUUUUGUAGGAAAAAGCAAACAUGGCAACUGUUAGACUUCAAACAGGCCUAAAGGAACAUAAAACAAGGAAAUAGGAGUGGAGUCUUUUUUAUUUAAAUAAAUGGAUAAAGAAACACUCAAUGGUGCAUACAUCUCCAAAUCUCUGUCUGAUCUUUGAUGGAGCCCUCAAACAUGAGUUAGCUAAAAAAUAAAUUAAAACGGAUGUUUUCUUUUUCAGUAAUAAAGUCCUACAAUUGGCCAUCAUUACUUCCAAUUAUUAUUGCGACACAGUCUGGUUAACUUUUGAGACUUUUGUUCCUGCCAUGCAGAUUUUCACAAAAUACAAGAAAACAGUCCGGAUGUAUUGACUAUCACCAAAGUCUUUGCCAUUUUACAUGGUUUAAAAAAUUGAAUGGCUAAUGCACAUUUUGGCUUGCAAAAAAUUGGACCUUUCUCUUCCAUAUUUUGUGUUUCCAGCACAGGGAAACUCUCCUAAUGAUAGAUUUUAACAAGCUCCUUUCACUUGUGCAGCCUGCAGCUUGAGCACGAUUCAGGAAACUGAGGUUGGUGUUCCUCUAGAAUAAGCUGCUUUUAGCUUGGCUUUCUGGUCAGGGUCUGGCCUGGGGCAGAAUUUCAAAAACAGGGUGCAACUUUGAAAAUCUCUUUUUUUUGUGUGAAAAUGUUAAGAAGAAUUUCUCAGAAAGGAGUUCAGAGCUCCUUCACCACAGACACACACACAGUAGUGGUGCAGUUUUUCUGCAGGGUGUUUUGAAUCAUGUAACAACACAAUUUUCUUGUAAAUCUUGAUAUGCUCCUGGUUGCUGAUUGCAAACACUGACACGUAUUUAUGCUUUUGUUGUUUUGUUUUUUUUCCUUCUGAAUGUGAAGUUGAUUUCGUUUUCCAAAGACAUCCCUCAAUUGAAACACACACAAGCAGAUGGGUUGUCGGCACUGAAUGUAAAAACGACCGAUCUCACAAACACCUAACUGCAGCUCUGCUCAGUUUUAGAUUUAACUACCAGCAUUCAAGUCAAACUGUUUACUGGAGAGCUGGAUUCUGGAGAAUAGUUCAAAACAAAAUCACAUAUUUGAAUGAUUUUGUGAAGGAGAACCAGCACAUUUGUGUGUUUAGAAGAGGUGUGUCCUCGAUGAUGGUCAAUGAAAGUACAGUUUAAGCUAUGGAUCUUUCUAAUUUAUGUCAAAAGUGACAUGUUCUGUGUUCAGGAAGGAUUAAAUCUUGUUCUAUUCGUAAUCUGAAUUUGUCAUUGAGCCAUAAUAAAUAUUGCCAAUUAUUAAAAACAUAAAUGACUAAAUGUUACGCAUCUUGUGUUUUGGAAACUUUGCACUUGGUAAAAAUAAUCCCCUGAAUUUUUGUAUUUUAUUUCAUUGUUUUCACAACUUUUCACAAGUUUUACUGUAAAUAUUAACAAUCCAACAAUGCAAUAAACAUGUUAUUGCACUCAGACAGGGAGGCAAGCUACUGCAGAUUUUGGUGGUACGACGGUGUCCGGACAAAGAUACCCUGUAUAGCUCAUCUGAAUCAGGUGAUGUUGUUCUGCAGUUCUUUUCUGACUCCUUCUCUUGUUUCUUUUUCCUCUGUGCUGUUUUAAUGAAUCAUUUAUUUGACAUUGUCAAGUUAUGGAUAAAAAUGUAAAAAAAAAAAAAAAAAAAAAAAAAUAUGGAACUGUAUCUGUUUCACGCUGAUCUUAAAGCUUCAGGCUAUAGCGUUUCAAAUAAAAGUAAAAACAAAUGCAAAUGGAAAAAAAAGAAAUACUGAAAGCUGUUACUGUAAACACAACAUUUUAAAGGAACUGUGUAUGUACAAAUAGUAUAUGUAUGUGACUGAAAAUAAACAAAACCUUUGACCUUGGA